AUGUCUUCUUCGGCGCCGGAGGGGGAAGGCGGCGGCAACAGCGGUGAGGAGGCGGCGCCGCCGCCGCCGCACAUCCUUGUGUUCCCUUUCCCGGCGCAGGGGCACAUGAUCCCGCUGCUGGACUUCGCCCACAUCCUCUCCUUGCGGGGGCUCUCCGUCACGGUCCUGGUGACCCCCAAGAACGCCCCUCUUCUGCAGCCCCUCCUCUCCCGCUCUCCCGCCGUCUCCCCCCUGGUGCUCCCCUUCCCCUCCCACUCCUCUCUCCCCGCCGGCGUCGAGAACACCCAGGGCCUCCCCCCGUCUUCCUUCUUCGCCAUGAUGGGCGCCCUCGCCGGCCUCCGCGGCCCCCUCCUCCGCUGGGCCCGCUCCGCCCCCCGUCCACCCGACGCCCUCAUCUCCGACUUCUUCCUCGGCUGGACCCGCGCCGCCGCUGCCGAGCUCCGCAUUCCCCGCCUCGUCUUCUGCCCCUCCGGCGCCGCCACCCUCUCCAUCGUCCACUGCCUCUGGCGACAGAUGCCCCCCCGGCCGCCGGGGGGCUCCGACGAGGCCCCCCUCGCCUUCCCCUCCCUCCCCGGCGCCCCCGUGUACGCCUGGUACCAGCUCUCCCCGACCUUCCAGGCCUUCCGCGAAGGGGACGAGCUAUGUGAGUUCGUCCGGAGGGGCUUCCUCGAGAACAUCUCCAGCUGGGGCUACGUCUUCAACUCAUUCACCGCCGCGGAGGCGGCCCAUCUGCGCCACCUCCGGGCCGAUCUCGGCCACCACCGCGUCUGGGCCGUGGGGCCCCUGCUACCCCCCGACGACGCCGCCGACCGCGGCGGUGGCGACGGCAACGGCGACGGCGACGGCGUUUUGGCCUGGCUCGGCGGGCGGGCGGAGGGGUCGGUGGUGUACGUCUGCUUCGGCAGCCAUACGAAGCUGACGGCGGCUCAGGCGGCGGCGGUGGGGGCGGCUCUGGAGCGGAGCGGCGCCGGGUUCGUGUGGAGCCUCCGAGGGGCGGAGCCGCCGGCGGAGUUCGAGGAGAGGACCGCCGGGAAGGGGGUGGUGGUGAGGGGGUGGGCCCCGCAGGUGGCGAUCCUGAGUCACCCCGCCGUGGGAUCGUUCCUGACUCACUGCGGGUGGAACUCGGUGAUGGAGGGGAUUGUCGCCGGAGUCGCCCUCCUGAUGUGGCCGAUGACGGCGGACCAGUUCUACAACGCCCGGCUGCUGGGGGAGCUCAGAAUCGGGAUCCGAGCCUGCGAGCGGGCGGACGCGGUCCCCGACCCGGACGAUUUGGCGCGGGUCAUGGCCGGAUCGGUGGACGGGUCGGGGUCCCCGAUGAGGGCCAGGGCCCUGGAGCUCCGGCGGGAGGCCGCGGAGGCCACGAGGGAAGGCGGCGAUUCCCACCGCCAAAUCAGCGAGUUGGUGGACGAGUUGCGCCGACUCAAGCGGAGGCCGUUAUAA